UAACAACAAUAACCAUAAUGAAGCGGAGAACAAGUGAAAUUUGGUGCUUCUUUCGAGCGGUCGACGACACUUUUGCGUUGUGCAACAUUUGCAAGGCGAAGCUAUCUUAUAAAACGACAACGACAAACUUAAGCAAACACAUGAAUCGAAUGCAUCCAAAUGCAAAUGUUUCGGCUUCGACGCAGAAUCGCAAAUUUAAAAUGUUGUCACAGACGAAUGAUCGACAUCGAGGCAAACCUCGGAAUCCGGAACAGGAAUUGAUAUUGCUGAAUUUUAUAAAGAAGCACCCGGCCCUGUUGCAAAAUCCCUCGUGGGAAACACGCAACGCAUUCGAAUUGCUCUGGGAACAACUCGCAGCCGAACUAAAUCGCAGUGGGCCACCACAAAAAGAUCUGGCAACCUGGAAAAAGGCGCUGAAAGACUGGAAGAGAUUCAUCAUCAAGAAGGUGGAGAAAAAUGAAAUGCACAAUAUUCCCUUGGCAACGGGUCUGAGUUCGGCGGAGGAAACAAUUGCCAGUUUAUAUCGUCUCAGCGAUGAUACCAAUCAAAUAAUAAUGAAUGCAUCCGAUGACGAUUUGCAGGACACCUCGAACGCCACAUUCGAUAUGGAAGAUGUGGAGGAUGUUGUGCCCGAGGAGGAGGAGGAUCACAGCGCGCUGCAAGAUGCAUCCGGCUAUGGCUAUGAGCCUGAGGAUUCCAAGGCUGAACUCGAUAUUGAUCCACUCUUCUUGCAGCGAUCGAAGUUCGAGGGAAGAACUCUCCAAACCGAUCUAGAGACGAUGAGUAAAUCCAUCAAUUUGGCCACAGAUGUGGCGAGUAGCACUCAAAAGGCACUCAGUGAUUUCUGUGCGCUCUAUAAACAAAAGCUAAUCGAGGACAAAAGACACCAUUCUGUCAUCGAACAAUUAAUGUCAGAGAAACUAGAAUUAAAGAAGAAACUGCUGGAAAUUGAGCAGAGGAAGUUGUCCUUAAAAUAGUUAUUAAUAUGAUGAUAAUGAUGAUGAUAGUCGGUAAUUAGACAAAACUAAUCUAACUUGUAAUAUACGUAAAUAUCAUGUAAUUUAAUAUGAAGUGUCGCAAAAUCAUUUUUUAGAAUCUGUCAAUUUAGUAAAACAAUUUGUGAGAUUUCAUGCGGAAAUUCAAAGUUUGUCGCUAGCAACUUUUUUACAAAUACAGUACAGAUUUUUAAUGCA